CAGUAAUCUGACAAAAGAACUAGCUAGCAUGCAACAUGAUAAAGAGGAAAAGAGGCCGCAGAAUGUUCCACACCAUCCUCUCAGUGAUAUCACUAAUGCUUAUCAACCAUCCUCUAUGGACCUUGACGAAAAAAGAGAGUUCAUAAAAUCUCGGAGGCGAGCUGCUUAUCGAAAGAAAAAAGAGGAGGCUACCGUCAAGCAACAAGAUGAAAAUCUGUCUGCCCUUACGAUAUCAGAUGUGCAAAAUGUUACCCUGUCCCCUCUCGGUGAUAUCACUGAUGGGUGUCAACCUACCUCGGUGGACCUUGACGAGAAAAAAGAGCAAAUAAAUGCUCGGAGGCGAGCUGCUUAUCAAAAGAAGAAAGAGGAGGCUACCGUCAAGCAACAAGAUGGAAAUUUGUCUUCCCUUACGAUAUCAGAUAUGCAAAAUGUACCCCUGUUACCUCUCGGUGAUAUCACUAAUGGGUGUCAACCAACCUCGGUGGACCUUGACGAGAAAAAAGAGCAAAUAAAGGCUCGGAGGCGAGCUGCUUAUCAAAAGAAAAAAGAGGAGGCAGCCAGCAAGCAACAAGAUGAAAAUCUAGCUGCCCUUACGAAAUCAGGUCAGACAUACGACUUUUGA